CCCGGCUUCUCCUCCCCGCCCCAUCUCCACCCUUCGGUUUUCCUCGCUUUUCUUUCCCCGCUCCCUCUCUGGACCCUUUCCAGAGGAGAUGUCUGUGCCACGGAGAAGGGAAAGGGCGGAAAGCUGGAGAACUGCCCUCCUCCGUGGCGGUGCUCGGGGGACGCCCAGGGGAUGCUCAGACUCUCCUCCAGGAAAGCUGAAACUCCUCCUGGUGUGAUGGACCCGCGAUUGCUCCAUCAGCUGCAUCCCGGCAUGAAGGAUUAAUUUUGGAUGUGAGGGUGCAGGGAGUGGAGCGGCGCGGGGCUGGGGGAGCACUGCCCUGUGGGGAUGCUAAUGGAGCCCAGAGAUGCUGCUCCCACCCGGCUGCGUUGCGGCGAUCAGUCUGAAGCCGGGCCGGCAGUCUGGCUCCUUGCACUGCAAACAGCAAACGCUGCAAACCCCUCAUUAAUACCGGCAUAACGAGGUGUUUGCGUGGCACUCGCAGCCACUGCAGCUUUGCAGCUCACUGGAAAAUCCACUCAUCCCAUUAAGGACUCCCCAAGGCUUUUGCUUUCUGCUGCAGACGCCCAUCCCAGGGAGCCCAGCACCGGGGAUGAGGGGUUCGGUGGUGGCUGAGCUCCCUUCAAAGGGACCACGGCACACAUGGAGGUCUCGGGCAGUUCUUCGCCGCAAGAGCUGUGCGUUCGUGGUGUGAGAGAUCGUGGUGGGAGACCCUGUGCUGUGCGCCCGGGUACCGCUGCUGCUUUGGGGCACGUUAUGCUGAAUCCUUUGCUGUUUCCCCAGCGUUACCCUGCAGCACCUCCCAAAUCCUCCGCACGCUCUGAAGGGGGGAAAAAGAACCCUUUUGUUGGCCCAUCCCACGGAGCCGAGAGCUGCGCAGUGCUGGGAUGAGUGAGCGCAGCUGUCCCAUCCGCCCGCUUCGUGCGCCCCGCGGCCUCCGCACAGCUGCGUCCUCCCGCGCCGCUCCGCACGGACAGCGUCGGGAACCUCCCCGGUUUGGGGGCCGAGGGCGGAGGGGCCGCUUCCGUCCGGCAGCGUUGUGCCCGGGGGGGGGUGAGUGCGGGCGCGGGAGCUGCGCCAUCUGCUCGAGCUCGGGAGGACCUCCGCGCUCCGGGAGCUUCCCGGGCCGGGUCCGACUCCUCCGGGUGUCCCCCGUCCCAUCCGCAGCUGUUGGCUUUCGGCCGCUCCCGGCUGCGCUCCGUCCGGUCGGUCACGGCGGAGCUCCGGGCCGCGCGUGGGUAGCACCGGUACCGGGGGGGUCCCGCGGGGCGGGCCCGGAGCUGUCCAGCAGCGGCGGCUCCUGAACGGCCGCGGGGACGCGCGGCGCUCCUCGGGUCACAUCUCAGGGCACUGCGAGCGCCGCAAACCUGCGCGUGGACGGCAUCGCGUGGAGCGGCCUCGGGGAGAGGAGGCCAACAGCUGUCGGUACCGGGCCGACCUGCAGGGCUCUCACCCAGCCCAGCCGCGGCGAAGUAGGCUCUCCUGCCGGACCCCAGGAUUCGGUGCUGGAGACUGUCCAGCUGAGAGCCGAGCUUUGCUAACAGCACGGUGUUAUUACAGUGGGCUUAGUGCCUAAUGGGAUUGCCGUGGAGUGGCUGAAGCAGGGAUUAGUGCUGUGGCUCUGCAACCGUUGCUGCUCAGACACCCGGCUGUUCCACCAGCCCACAGCCCUUCACCCAGCAGCUCCACGGGCACUGAAGCUGUCCCAAAAGCUUCCUGCUGGGCACUCUGCUGCUGGGCACACUGCUGCUGCCUGCUGGCAUCACGUUGCAUGCGUGUCUGUAGCUCUGCGGGGUCCCACGUUCUGUGUCAUUGGCUCACACCGCUCGGUGCUCAUUGCUCCCACCCCAGCCGUGCUUUGAGCCCCAAACUCCCCUCCGGAGCACCGAGCUCUACACCAGUGCAGUGCCCAGCGGUGCAAUGUCCCAUGCAGUGACACCCCGCUGGGGGCAGGCCCGGUCCCGGCUGCAGCGCGGGGGCUGAAGGCUGAAUCGGUGGUUUGUUCCCCUCUGAAGGCUCCUUUCUCUCCUUGCUGCCCUCUGUUUCUCUUAGGAGAGUUUUAUGUCCCUUGUGUCACAAGGAGCCUUUUCUUUGUCAUCCUUCCUGAGCGUGCCGGGCAGGAGGUUGCACUGGAGCAGUGCCAGCCCCAAAGGCAGCACGGGGUCGCAUCCUGCAUGGAGGGGCUUUGGGGGAUCCCUGCCUGACCCGUCUGAGCCGGGCUGCAAAUGUCGGCAUAGGAUUCCCCUCACCUUCCAGGGAGGACUCGAGGGAUUUACAGUGACGGUGUGCAAUCUGCACUGCCACUGCUUCCUAUCAGUUGGAGCAAACUGGGGGCUGCCAUAUUCUGCAAUCCCAUGGGACAUCCUGGGGACACCCGGAGCUGUGGGUUCACUCAGGGUGGGGAAACUGAGGCACGGAGUGGCAGUAAAGCACCAUCAGAGGUGGAAGUCCAUGCUUUUUUGCAUGUCAGUGUGCCUGUGCUCAGAGUCCUACUGCAGGGCUGAGCUGCAGUGCCCCCCAAGCCUUGCCAUGGGGACCCAACCCAGGGCUCAGCCUCCAGGUCCGGGUGUUCCUUUCUGCUUGCCAAAACCACAGGUGUGAGGUGAGUUUUGACUCUACUCCAAGCGAGGAGCUGCAGCCCCGAGCACAACAGAUGCCUCUUUGAAAGAGAUGUGCCUCCGGGGCUGCACUGGUUUGCAUUUGUCCUGGGAUGAAGGACACGGCUCAGCCAAGGCUGCUUUGUUUCUCUUUGGUGCAGACACCCACCCCUAUGGACCGCCUCACCCAAACCAUCGGCAGCUGCCCUGUCCCUGGGUUAACUCUGUGCUUUGGGAGAAUGUGGAGCUCGAUGCUCCGGACCCACAGCAAUGGGGGGAGCACCCCCAGGGACAGCACCCCAGGCCCACCCCAUGUUUCAGGUGCUCUGUCACUGAGUGUGCUGAGCCUGCAGCGCCGGCAUCUCGUUUUCAUUAGGAGAAAGUCAUUUCCCUUUGGAGCUAAUUGCAAUGGAGCUGCUGCGGUGGGGAGUGCCUCUAUGUAGGUCAGGCUGUAACCUGCGUGGUGACACAGCGGUGAUGUGGCACAGAGGGGACCCUCUGCACCCCGAGCAGCACUGCCUGCGGGUAGGAAUUAAGUUGGUGGCGAGUUAAUGGCUUGCUCAGAAUGGGAAAGUGCUGCAUCUCCUAGGGAUGACUUUAAUUUGUGCUCACUAAUAAAAUAAUAGGUGAUUAGCGGUAGGCUGCUUACAGAGAAGGCUCCUCCUGAGUCCAGCGUGGUGUGUGGUGCUCACAUGGCAUCCCCGGACCCACGGGCAUCCCUGUCCCCAUCUGAGGGUCCCGUGGUGUGACAUCCUGGGGCAGAGGGACCGCACUUGUCUGAGCAAAGGGAUGGCUGCCCUGGGGCAUGUGCUGUGUCCACGUGAGGGAAAUCCAACCCCACCAAAUAGGUCGAAAAAAUCCAUAGAGAUGCAUCACAGCCCCCGUGCUGAGUGCCCUGAGAGCCGUCAGGCUGCGGCCAGGCCAUGAACAGAGCGGGCUGUGUGUGCCCCAGAGCCGUCCAUCAGCACAAAGCUGUGCCUGUUCUCACUGCUCUGGCUCCAGGCGAAGCCUUCGUGGGGCAGAGCAGCACCUGGCUGCCCUCCCCAGCAUGUCCCCAUAUGUCCAGCUAUGCCCCCUAUUUGCCACCUAUGCCCCAGCUAUUUGUUCAUUUAUUUGAGUUUGUGGAUUUCUUUUUGCCUGGACAGCUGCAGCCUGGAUGCUCUUAGAGGACUGAGAAGUGGGCUCGGGUGGUUUUGGGGCCCAGGGGAUGGUGUUGGGUGGCCAAGAGGGGUCCCUGCUACCUGUGGGUCUCUGCCUGUGCAGGGACAUGGGGACACAGGGACACAGCCUUGCUGUGGCUGCAAAUGGGGCCCUGGAGGAGGGACGUCACCAUGCCCCAGUUCAGCUCCUUCACUCUCCUCUCCCUCUGCAGUGCCUUUCUGGAGCUGCCUCACCAGGAUGAAUGGGACGGCCAACUUGGCCCCAACCGCCCGUGGCCACUUCACCUCCGCCAUCCCGGUGCCACGAUCCACAACCCCCAACAAACCGCCCGCUGCAGCCCCCCCAGCCCGACACAGCACCUCAGGCCCCCCUGCCUCCCACCGGGCCACAUCCCCACGGCCAGCAGCACUCCUUGGCCCCAAAAGCCUCAAACCGAGGCCCAGAGCUUCAGGCCAUGAGGCAACCGAGAGCCCAGGUGUACCCCCCCAUGGGGGGCAGAGAACCCCAGUGCUCCCCGGGAAGGGGCUGGGGGGCAGCCAGGUGGAGUGCAGCUUAAGGGGGGCUGGGGCCCACCGUCCCCUCGGGAUGGCAGUGGAGGAUGGGCCCAACGCCAGCCCUAUGAGCAGGAGCCCCAUGUUUGGGUCAGGGGCCAUCAGCUUCUCUUCAGCCUCCCCGCAGAGCCGCCCUGUGACAGCCACUGUCGCCCCAUUCCAGUACCGGCUGCAGGAGGACAGAGAGCAGAAUGCCACAUCCCUGUGUGACUCCACUCCUGCUGAGGUGCCCGACCCCAAAUCCAGAGCCAUGACAGCCCCCGGCGGGUUAAAUGAUUGCAGCGCGGGGAUGCUGGGGAGCAACCUCAAGAGCCUUCCCGACGUGGAGCUGGGCGAGGAGGGCGCGGCGGAGCUGCGCGGCUAUCGGCGGGGCCCCGACGGCGGCGGCGCGGUGAUGCCCAAACGGGCGAAGGCGGCGGCGGCGGCGGCGGGGGGGCCGCGGGGCGCGGAGCUGCGGGUGUUCAAGGCGAGCAGCGCGGAGGGGCGGCUGCCGGCCGGCUCCAACCUGCGCAAGCAGAAGUCGCUCACCAACCUGGCCUUCCUCACCGACGCCGAAAAGAAGCGGCAGCUCUACGAGCCGCGCUGGAGCGACGACAUGGCCAAAGGGACGGGCAGCACCGCGGUGGCGGCGGGGGGACGGGGCGGGGGCGGCGGUCCCCGUGGCCGCGAGGCGCCCGCCAUGUCGCGCAGUCUGUCCCGCUCCGAGCACUCCCUGCUGCCGCCGCGCCCCGCCGGGCCCCAGAAGCCGCCGCCCGCCGCCGGGAAGCCGAGCCGCAUCCCCCGCGGGCCCUACGCCGAGGUGAAGCCGCUCAGCAAAGCCCCCGAGGCGGGCGGAGGCGGAGGAGGAGGAGGGGGAGGCAAGUGCGACGACGAGCUGCUGGGCGGCAAGGGGCCGGCGGCGGCGGGGGCCGAGGAGAAGGCGUACCUGAAGGUGGACCCCGAGCUGGUGGUGACGGUGCUGGGCGACCUGGAGCAGCUGCUCUUCAGCCAGAUGUUGGACCCCGAGUCCCAGAGGAAGAGAACGGUGCAGAAUGUUCUGGACCUUCGGCAGAACCUGGAGGAGACCAUGUCCAGCCUGCGGGGCUCCCAGGUGUCUCACAGCUCCCUGGAGAUGACGUGCUAUGACAGCGACGAAGCCAACCCGCGCAGCGUCUCCAGCCUGUCGAACCGCUCCUCGCCGCUCUCCUGGCGCUAUGGGCAGUCCAGCCCGCGGCUGCAGGCGGGGGAUGCGCCGUCGGUGGGGGGCGGCUGCCGCUCCGAGGGCACCCCUGGAUGGUACAUGCACGGCGAGCGGGCGCACUACUCGCACACCAUGCCCAUGCGCAGCCCCAGCAAGCUGAGCCACAUCUCCCGGCUGGAGCUGGUGGAGGCGUUGGACAGCGACGACGUGGAGCUGAAGUCGGGAUAUAUGAGCGACAGUGAUUUGAUGGGGAAGACCCUGACGGAGGACGAUGACAUCACCACGGGCUGGGAUGAGAGCAGCUCCAUCAGCAGCGGCCUCAGCGAUGCCUCUGACAACCUCAGCUCGGAGGAGUUCAAUGCCAGCUCCUCGCUCAACUCCCUGCCCUCCACCCCCACGGCCUCGCGCAGGAACUCGGCCAUAGCGCUGCGCACCGACUCGGAGAAGCGCUCGCUGGCAGAGAGCGGGCUGAGCUGGUACGGCGAGGCGGACGACAAGGCGCCCAAGAAGCUGGAUUACGACAGCAGCAGCCUCAAGAUGGAGCACGGCUCCUCCAAGUGGCGGCGGGAGCCCACAGAGAGCUGCGAGGAGGGCUCCAAGGGUGGAGAGCUGAAGAAGCCGGUCAGCCUGGGCACCCCCGGCUCCCUCAAGAAGGGCAAAACCCCACCGGUGGCAGUGACCUCUCCCAUCACCCACACGGCCCAGAGCACCCUCAAAGUGGCAGGCAAACCCGAGACCAAAGCCACAGACAAGAGCAAACUGUCGGUGAAGAACACGGGGCUGCAGCGCUCCUCCUCUGACGCUGGCCGCGAUCGCGUCGGCGAUGCCAAGAAGCCGCCCUCGGGUCUCACGCGCCCCUUGGCCUCCAGCUCCUUUGGCUACAAGAAACCGGCCCCGGCCACCGGCACGGCCACUGUCAUGCAAGCCGGGGGCUCAGCAACGCUCGGGAAGAUCCAGAAGAGCUCCGGUAUCCCCGUGAAGCCGGUCAGUGGGCGGAAGACAAGCCUGGAUGUCUCCAACACGGCCGAGCCUGGCUUCCUGGCCCCGGGAGCUCGCACCAACAUCCAGUACCGCAGUCUGCCCCGGCCGGCCAAGUCCAGCUCCAUGAGUGUGACCGGCGGCCGCGGCGCUAACCGGCCCGUCAGCAGCAGCAUUGAUCCCAGCCUGCUCAGCACCAAGCAGGCCAGCAUCACGGUGUCGCGGCUCAAGGAGCCGUCCAAGAUCAGUGCUGGCCGUGGCACGCCGGCCCCCGUCAACCAGACGGACCGGGAGAAGGAGAAGGCCAAGGCCAAGGCCGUAGCGCUGGACUCCGAGUGCGUGACGCUGAAGAGCAUCGGCUCUCCUGAGAGCACCCCCAAAGCCCAGGCCAACCUCCCGCCGGCGGCCAAGGUGGCUGAGCUGCCCCCCACCCCCCUCAGAGCGGCUGCCAAAACCUACGUGAAGCCUCCCUCGUUGGCCAACUUGGACAAGGUCAACUCCAACAGCCUGGACUUGCCGUCCUCCAGCGAGCUGCAUCCCCCACACGCUGCCAAGCUCCAGGACCUGCACCCAGCUGGCGGGCACCUGACCCCCUGCUUCAGCCCCAGUCCUGCCCCCAUCCUCAACAUCAACUCGGCCAGCUUCUCCCAAGGCCUGGAGCUCAUGGGUGGCUUCAGUGUCCCCAAGGAGGGCAGGAUGUACCCCAAGCUCUCCGGCCUGCAUCGCAGCAUGGAGUCCCUGCAGAUGCCCAUGAGCCUGCCCAGUGCCUUUUCGGGGGGCAGCACCGCCACCCCCAGCCCUGCUGCUGUCCCCCCUGCCAGCACAGAGGAGGAGGAGGAGGCGGGUGAGCUGGGCUGGAGCGGCAGCCCCCGGCUUGCACACCUGGACAGCACCAACCGUGACAGGAACACGCUGCCCAAGAAGGGGCUGAGGUACCAGCUGCACUCCCAGGAGGAGGCCAAGGAGCGCCGCCACUCGCACACCAUUGGAGGGCUGCCUGAAGCAGACGAUCAGCCGGAGCUGCCCUCACCCCCCGCCCUCCCCAUGGCGCUGGUUGGGAAGGGUCCGCUCACCAGCAUCGUGAGCCCCACUGCCACCACCACCCCGCGGAUCACCCGCUCCAACAGCAUCCCCACCCACGACUCCACCUUUGAGCUGUACAGCACCUCCCAGAUGGGCAGCACCCUCUCCCUGGCAGACAAACCCAAGGGCAUGAUCCGCUCGGGCUCCUUCCGGGACCCUGUGGAUGACGUUCAUGGAUCGGUGCUGUCCCUGGCCUCCAGCGCGUCCUCCACCUACUCCUCCGCUGAGGAGAAGAUGCAGUCUGAGCAAAUCCGCAAGCUGCGUCGCGAGUUGGAGUCCUCGCAGGAGAAGGUGGCCACGCUGACAUCCCAGCUGUCUGCUAAUGCCAACCUGGUGGCAGCUUUUGAGCAGAGCCUGGUGAGCAUGACGUCCCGCCUGCGGCACCUGGCCGAGACGGCUGAGGAGAAGGACACAGAGCUGCUGGACCUGCGGGAGACCAUCGAUUUCCUGAAGAAGAAGAACUCGGAGGCCCAAGCUGUGAUCCAGGGUGCCCUGAAUGGCACCGACGUUGCUCCCAAAGAGCUGCGCAUCAAGCGGCAGAACUCCUCCGACAGCAUCUCCAGCCUCAACAGCAUCACCAGCCACUCCAGCAUCAGCAGCAGCAAGGACGCUGAUGCCAAGAAGAAGAAGAAGAAGAGCUGGGUGUAUGAGCUGCGUAGCUCCUUCAACAAAGCCUUCAGCAUCAAGAAGGGGCCCAAGUCGGCCUCGUCCUACUCAGACAUUGAGGAGAUCGCCACGCCGGACUCAUCAGCCCCGUCCUCCCCCAAACUCCAGCACGGCUCCACCGAGACCGCCUCACCCUCCAUCAAAUCCUCCACCUCCUCCUCCGUGGGCAUCGACACGGCUGAGCUCUUCCAGGCGCACAGCGAGGGCGAGCCGGAGAAGAAGGAGGUGUCGGAGCUGCGUUCAGAGCUGUGGGAGAAGGAGAUGAAGCUGACGGACAUCCGCCUGGAGGCCCUCAACUCAGCCCACCAGCUGGAGCAGCUGCGGGAGACCAUGCACAACAUGCAGCUGGAGGUGGAUCUCCUGAAGGCAGAGAACGAUCGGCUCAAAGUGGCUCCGGGGCCCUCGGCGGUGCCGGGAUCCAUUCCCGGCCACAUCACCAGCACCUCAGCCUCCUCGUCUCCGCGGCGCUCGCUGGGGCUCUCCCUGGGCCAUGCCUUCAGCCCCAGCCCAGGGGACGCCGACAUGUCUCCCAUGGAUGCCGUCAGUGCUGGCACCCAGAAGGAUGAGCUGACGCUGAGGAUCGUGGUGCGCAUGCCACCCCAGCACAUCAUCAAGGGGGACCUCAAGCAACAAGAGUUUUUCCUGGGCUGGACCAAGGUGAGCGGGAAGGUGGAUUGGAAGAUGCUGGAUGAGGCUGUCUGCCAGGUCUUCAAGGAUUACAUCACCAAGAUGGAUCCUGCCUCCACGCUGGGGCUCAGCACCGAGUCCGUUUAUGGCUACAGCAUCAGCCACAUCAAGCGGGUCCUGGACACGGAGCCGCCGGAGCUGCCGCUGUGCCGCCGGGGCAUGAGCAGCAUCGUGGUGACACUCAAAGGCUUGAAGGAGAAGUGCGUGGACAGCUUGGUGUUCGAGACGCUCAUCCCCAAGCCCAUGAUGCAGCAUUACAUCAGCCUCCUGCUGAAGCACCGGCGGCUCAUCCUGUCGGGACCCAGCGGCACCGGCAAGACGUACCUGACCAACCGCCUGGCCGAGUACCUGGUGGAGCGCUCGGGCCGGGACGUCACCGAGGGCAUCGUCAGCACCUUCAACAUGCACCAGCAGUCCUGCAAGGACCUGCAGCUGUACCUCUCCAACCUGGCCAACCAGAUCGACAGGGAGACGGGCACGGCGGACGUGCCGCUGGUGAUCCUCCUGGACGACCUCAGCGAGGCGGGCUCCAUCAGCGAGCUCGUCAAUGGGGCGCUCACCUGCAAGUACCACAAAUGCCCCUACAUCAUCGGGACCACCAAUCAGCCUGUGAAGAUGACCCCGAACCAUGGUCUCCAUCUCAGCUUCAGGAUGCUGACCUUCUCCAACAACGUGGAGCCAGCCAACGGCUUCCUGGUGCGCUACCUGCGGCGGAAGCUGCUGGAGUCGGACACAGACGUCAACGCCAACAAGGAGGAGCUGCUGCGCGUGCUGGACUGGGUGCCCAAGCUCUGGUACCAUUUGCACACCUUCCUGGAGAAACACAGCACCUCCGACUUCCUCAUCGGUCCCUGCUUCUUCCUGUCCUGCCCCAUCGGAAUUGAGGAUUUCCGGACCUGGUUCAUUGACCUGUGGAAUAACUCCAUCAUCCCUUACCUGCAGGAGGGGGCAAAAGAUGGGCUCAAGGUCCAUGGGCAAAAGGCGGCCUGGGAGGACCCCGUGGAGUGGGUGCGGGACACCCUGCCCUGGCCAUCAGCACAGCAAGACCAGUCCAAGCUGUACCACCUGCCCCCGCCCACCAUCGGACCCCACAGCACUGUCUCCCCCCCCGAGGAGCGCACCGUCAAAGACACAACGCCCAGCUCCCUGGAUGCAGACCCCCUGAUGGCCAUGCUGCUGAAGCUCCAGGAAGCCGCCAACUACAUCGAGUCUCCGGACCGUGAGACCAUGGUGGAUCCCGACCUGCAAUCGACUCUGUGAGGCGCCAACAUGCCGGCCCAGGUGCAGGGGGUGGCCAUCGGGCUGCCCUUCUCCUCCUCCUCCUCCUCCUCCUCUGGUAGCCUGGAGCGCAGGGCUGGGGCUGGCGAGCGAGCGGUGAGGAGUGGGGCUCUGAGCAGCUCUGCGCAGCGUGGGGAAGCUCAGCUCAGUCGUGGGAGAGUGCGAGGCUCCGUUUCCCCCCCCGCCUCUUUGGGGGUUGGAGAAUCCUGGUUUCUCUUCUUGGUUUUUCUGUCUCUAUUGCAAACUCUCGGGUUUUGGGGACCGCUGCAGCCAAGCCCCCGCUCCAGGGAGCUGCAGGAUGGGCCCUGCGUGGGGCAGGGACCCCGUGGGAGCCCCCUGGGCCAGAGCUGGGGGGGGAGGGGGGGCGAGGAGCGUGUGGCUGUGUCUGUCUGUCCGGCCCCGUGCUCCCACUGCUCUCUUUGUACAUUCCUCAUUUAACCUGCUUGGCAGCUGCUGCGCCCAGGACAACCCAAUAAACCCCGCUUUGGUUAUUUUAUUUUAUUUCCACCCCUCCCCUUUUCUUUUGACCGAGUCCAGACUUUGCUUUGCUCCCUUUUUUGUUCUGGUUCUUUGCUCUCCUGGGCCUGAGCCCAAGCUCCGGUGCCCAUCGCUUCUACCCUCCCCCCCACCCCCGAGCAGCUCUGCUUCCUUUUGGUUUCUUUUGCAGCUGUUGGUUCCACCACUCCCCCUCCUUCCGUCACACAACUGGUGCUCACUGGACAACCUCCAGUCCCCAAAUCCACCUUUCCAGUUGCCUCAUAUCUUGGCUGGGAUGGGUCUGGGCAGGUGGUGGUAGCGGGGUGCACCCAGAGUGCCCCUUUGCCUGGAGGCCUCCUCCCCAAAAGCACAAGGCAGAAUCCAGCCUUGGGCUGGGGGUGGCUGCCAAGGGACAGCACAGUGCUGCAGGGCGAGGCAUGGCAACCUGCUCCCUGUCCCCUCUCUGCUGCUGGGGUGGGUUGCACGGGGACAGAGCCGUGCCUGAGGUUGUCCCGUGCCUCUGACUCACCACCGCUCCGUGGGGUUUCAUGACCCCCCAGGCCCACCCUGUGCCCUCCAGCCGCACAGUGCCCUCUCAGCAUGGGCUCUCCAUACCCACACUGGUGCUCUGGGGACAUCCAGCUGGGGCCACGCGUCCCCUUGGCCCUAUGGUGCAAUGUCACAGGCGCUGCUCCCUGCACUGCCUUAAUCCCUGUGGGUAGGGGGCACGCAGGGCCGGAGGAGGGGGGCACGGGCACAGCCUGUACUCGCUGCCCCCAAAGCCGGCUGGGCUAGGAUGGGACCGUGGUGCUGGUGCUUCGCCAAACACUGCCCCGCUGGGGCCGCUGCCUUUGGUCCCUUUAGCACCCUUCACUUCCCCUCCUCCUGGCCCUGCAGAGGGCACAGCGCCUUUAGGGGAGCAGCUCCCUGGGGCCGCUCUGCCCCCCCCCCCCCCCCCGCUGCCUUCAGGGACCCCCCACCUCCCCGGGGCUCCGUGUGCCCCCCGCUGCCCUCGGUGCUCUCCUGCCCGCGCAGCCCUCCCGCGGCGCGCGCCCCAUGGUGCUCACUUCUCCGUCUGUCCCACAGCCUCCCCGCUGCCAGCCCCCCGCACAGGGCUGUCCCUCCCCACGCUGGCUUGGACGUUAGGGCUUUCCGUCUGCCUUCUCUUGUGUUGUCAGCUGAGGACUCGUUGUAAAUAGAUCCGUAGUCAAACGCCCUGCGUGAGUUGGCGGGGUCCGACCCUGCGCGUCUCUUAUCCUUCUUUUGUACUCUGUGAUAACUGUGCUGUGCUGACUUCUUUUCUGAUUGUACCAGGUGUUGGCACAGCAGCAGCUCGAGGUCGGGGGCCCGCACUCCCCUCUCACCCUCCUCGGGGCCCUACGCCCUGAGGUUGGGGCACAGAGCACCUUUGGGUGCCCUGAGGAGCCCCGCGGUGCACAGCGUUGGUGCAGCCCCACACUGGGAUUUCAGCCCUGGCACCACCACGGAGCCACCAAAAUACCCAACAAACCCUCACGGGGCCACACACUGCAGCGUCCCCUUUUGUGGCCCGUGGGUUCACCCCACAACCGGUGGGUGCAGACCCCCAAGUCCUGUGGGACGAACAGCACCUACAGCCGAGCCCUGGGCAUGGUGUGUGCUGGGUGGGGGUUCCCGGUGGGGUCCCUCACCUGAAGGGGACUGGCGUUGGUGGCUCCUGUUGGUGUCCCCCAGUGUGGUGGCGCCCAUCAGUGGGGUUGGGGACCGAGCAUCCCCUGGAGUGCCCACCCGCAUGGGUCCCACCAUUGCACUGUCCAUCCCCAGGGCUGCCUACCACCCCCCAGGUGUCUGUUGUCCCUGUGGGGACACUGUGCUAAGGCUGCCUGCUGGCCCCGAGGUGCCAUCACCCCAAAGGUGCCCGCAGCCCCUCAAAGCACCAGAACCCCCCCCCCCCCCCCGAGCUGCUGCUGCCCGGUGCCCUGAACCUUACAAUUUUAGCUUUUUUCUAUUAAAAGAACAAACAAACCUUUUUUUAAUUAAAUAAAAGACAGAAAUGGACAAAUUCCUGUUUUAGAUGAUCUGUGUAACUGACUGGGUUUUGUGUUUCUAACUGCAUGGUGUUCCUGCCGAGGGGUUUUAUAGCACUUUUUAAAUUUCUCUUUAAGAUUUUGGUCCAGAUUUCUACUGCUCUCUCGCCUGUCUGUCUUUGCUUUUUUUCCCUCGCCUCCAAGUUUGUAAACUCGCUCUGUUUUAUACCUGAUGUGGAAACCCAACCCCACGUUGUACAUAGCUGCGGGAACAAUCAGAGGGAACAAACACCAUCUGGACUCUGCCACCAUUUGUCGUUUUUACUUAAAGUACACGAGGAAGCCAGGAAAAGGCUUGAGGACCGUUCCGAAGGACAGUAACCAAUCCAGCCCUGCACCAACCAAGUCAGCUCCUGCUGCCCACGCCGCCCGCACCGCCCGGCAUGUCUCUCUCGGUCGUCUGUCUCACACCAUUGGAUUCAAUAAAGUUAUCUCCUGUA